GUCCCCAGGAGGCAACGUGGAGCUGUGUGUCUGUCACAGGACUGCAGGGACAUGAAAGGCUGCCUGCUCCUGCCCCUUCUCCUGCUGGGGACAGUUUCUGCUCUCUACCUGGAGAAGGAUGCCUCCCAUAUGGGCAGUCCGCAGACACAGGCAGACCUGAGCCGGGAUCCUGAAGGCUCAGGAGGACAGGAAGGAGAGCUGGCCCUGACUGGUGAGGUGCUUGAGUCGAGGGGAGAGGAGGCCGAGCACGCCCAGGACGAUGAGGGGGACUCAGAGUUAGACCCAGAUGACUUAGAUGAGGACGUGCAGUGCCCCAGGGAAGAGGAGACAGUGCGGCUUCUGGGGACGCCUGCAUGCAAGAGCUGCCACUAUCUGAUGGUGCAAACACCGAACAUAUUUAGGAAAGCUCAGGUGAGUGGCACGGAGGCUGCUGUGUUGGUCUGGGUGUGGGGGAGACAGAGUGGAUUCAACCUUCUGUCCCUAUUAUUUAGGUGA